CGGCGGGGCCGGGCAUGGCGUCCAUGGCGGCGGCGAUCGCGGCCUCGCGCUCGGCCGUCAUGAGCGGGAACCGGCCCCUGGACGAGCGCGAGCGCAAGCGCUUCACCUACUUCUCGUCGCUGAGCCCCAUGGCCCGCAAGAUCAUGCAGGACAAGGAGAAGAUCCGCGAGAAGUACGGGCCCGAGUGGGCGCGGCUGCCGCCCGCGCAGCAGGACGAGGUCAUCGACCGCUGCCUGCUGGGGCCGCGCGCGCCGCCGGCCGCCGACGCGGGGGACCCCGGCCGCUUCCCCGGCCCGCGCGGGCCCACGGGCCAGAAGCUGGUGCGCUUCGGGGACGAGGACCUGACUUGGCAAGAUGAGCACUCGGCCCCAUUCUCCUGGGAGACGAGGAGUCAGAUGGAGUUCAGCAUCUCCUCCUUAUCCAUCCAGGAGCCGGGUGUGGGCGCCCCGGUCGGCGAGCCCCCGAGGCCCCCCGCCAAGACUUCGCAGGGGGUGCCGGGCCUCAAGCCCCCCCAGGGAAGCAGGUCCUCCAGCCUGGACGCCCUGGGGCCCGGCCGGAAGGAAGAGGAAGCGGCCUUCUGGAAGGUCAAUGCCGAGCGCUCUCGAGAGGGGGCCGAGGCCGAGUUCCAGUCUCUGACCCCCAGCCAGAUCAAGUCCCUGGAGAAGGCGGAGAAGGCCUUGCCCUCCUGCUACUGGCAGGACCCGGCCCCGAAGGACAGGGAGGCCGAGGCCGCCCCCCCGGAGCAGGCCCCGCCCGGUGCGGAGGAGCAGGAGAGACCUCGGGCCCUCCAGGCCCCCGCCGACGCCGAGCCCCUGGGGAAGCCCUCGCCACCCAGCCCCAGGCUGGAGGAUGAAGACCCUCUGUUCUCAGAACCCGCGCUGGCACAGGUCGGCUCCAGCACGGUCGUCUUGAAGACGGGGUUCGAUUUUCUGGACAACUGGUAAACGGGGG